GCUCAGUUCAGGCUGGAGGUUUGUUUUAAUUGGGGGAGGGGGCAGUGAAGAGGGGACGCUCCGACUUCUUCAGUCUGUCUCUUUCGUUCACUGAUUUAGCGGAGGUGGGGAUUUUCAAUUCCACCCAGUCAGACGCAGGCAGGAGGAUCUGGUAAGACUACCCCAGGAAAAGCCACUCCGAAGAAAUUCUCCGAGGCGGCGGCGGCGGCGCCGGCAGCCCCAGCAUGAGGGCAAGUCAGGAAUUCAGUUCCCUGCAUCCGCGGCUGUUCCUGCAGCACUGCCGGAGCACAGGCACAACACAGGCCGGUGGCUCCCACAUUAACAGAGCACCCUCACACCCUCCAGGUGAAAAAGUGAGAAGUAUCUCACUGAAAUACUAAAGAAAAAAGCAAAACACUUGUCCCACUGAAUUUGCUCAUUGGGGACUUCAGGAUGGAAGCCCUGUGUUUAAGAGUUUCCUUGCUGCUGCUGGUCCCGGGAUUUGUCCUCAGUGACAGCUCUGACAGAGACGUUUCCAACAGGAGUGACUCGGGAAACCCCCUUUCCACCUUCUCAGGGAUCGAAUCCAGCAUUCUCCUCACCACCAUGCAGCCCCCGGUGUCCAACCAAACUGUCAAAUGCUCCCAGCAGACUAAGAUUGCUGAAACUUUCAAAUACAUUAACACCGUGGUAUCCUGUGCUAUUUUCAUCAUUGGGAUGGUUGGGAAUGCAACUCUGCUGAGGAUCAUUUACCAGAACAAGUGUAUGAGGAACGGCCCGAACGCGCUGAUAGCCAGCCUGGCACUGGGAGACCUUAUCUACAUCGUCAUUGAUAUCCCCAUCAUCGUCUACAAGCUCCUCGCUCAGAAGUGGCCUUUUGGAAAUACAGAAUUUGGACAGUUUCUUUGCAAAUUCCUUCCCUUUAUCCAGAAGGCAUCAGUGGGAAUCACAGUCCUUAACCUGUGUGCCCUUAGUGUGGACAGGUACAGAGCCGUGGCAUCCUGGAGCCGUGUUCAGGGGAUUGGAAUCCCAAUGAUCACUGCUAUUGAAAUUUUCUCCAUUUGGCUUCUGUCCUUCAUACUGGCCAUCCCAGAAGCAAUUGGCUUUGCCGUGGUACCUUUCAAAUACAAGGAUGCAAGUUAUGUUACCUGCAUGCUCAAACCUACAAAUGAUUUCAUGUUGUUUUACAAAGAUGCAAAGGAUUGGUGGCUGUUUGGUUUCUAUUUCUGCAUGCCGCUGGCAUGUACUGCCAUCUUUUAUACGCUAAUGACUUGUGAAAUGUUAAACAGAAGAAACAGCAACUUGAGAAUUGCUCUCAGCGAACACCUCAAACAGCGCCGAGAAGUUGCCAAGACAGUUUUCUGUUUAGUCGUGAUUUUUGCUCUUUGCUGGUUCCCUCUCCAUCUGAGCCGGAUUUUGAAGAAAAUGGUAUACAAUGAAAAAGACCCCAGCAGAUGUGAACUGCUCAGUUUCUUGCUGCCCUUGGAUUACAUCAGCAUCAACCUGGCAACUAUGAACUCUUGUAUAAACCCCAUAGCUCUGUAUUUUGUGAGCAAGAAGUUUAAAAACUGUUUCCAGUCAUGUCUUUGCUGUUGCUGCUCCCAGUCUAAGAGUUUGGUGACUUCAGUGCCCAUGAAUGGAACAAGCAUCCAAUGGAAAAACCAAGAACUAAACAAUCACAAUACAGACCGAAGCAGCCAUAAAGACAGCAUAAACUGAAAAUUAAGGACAUUCACACCAUUUCAGAAUGAAACAGAAAAUUAAAAGUCACUACAAAGCUAUUACAACAGGAAGCCCAGUGACUGCUCUGUAAUGAAUUCAGACAUGCGCCAUUGUACCUAAUUCUAGAGGUGACUGAGUAGAUGGAGUGAGUGUAACUGUGAUGUCCUGUGAACUGAGAUCCACUGGAUGGUAAUUCUGCCUCUGAAAAGGAUAUUGACGUGAUUAUGACACAAAAAACUGGCUUGAACUAUACAGGUGGUUUUGCUGUUCUGAAGCAGGCAGGAGCUGUCUGGUGUCUGUGACUGGUACAUUGAAAUAUUUUUACCUGACUGUCACCUCAAAUUAAUCACUCUGGAACUCUUGAGAAGAUAUCGAAAUGGAAUCUAUCUGUGACUAUAUUUUCUCUCUGCCCAUUUGUCUUUUAAGUUCUAUUUCUGUGGUGGAUAAAGUCCACGCAACAGUUUGUUUUGCAUGUUGUUGUUGUUGCUGUUUUUCAGGUUUAUGUUAGAAAAUGUUUUGGUCCACACCAGAAUUUUACCUGUUACAAUGGAUCGGGACAUUAGCUGGGCAGUUCACAUUUGUAGCACUUCAGUAUUCAAAUAGAGGAAGAGACCAUUUAAACAGCAUCAACAUUUUGGCACUUAAGCACAGAUUAAUACCAAAAAAAAGAGGUAUUAAUAAUACAGUACUAUACUGUGUUAUUUAUUCUAAUGCUCUGUAAAAAAUAAACAUAAUCUGCAUCAGCAAAAAGAAUGGAAGAUGCUCACAGAUGGGCACCUUAAAAUGUGUUUUUAUUAACCUGACGUUAAUUCUUAAACUAUAUGAAUCUUUUAAUUAUUUAUACUAUAGCUGCAUUAAGUCUAAGUUGAAAUGAGGGUCAGUGGAACAUAGUGAAACAUUAUUAAAGCUGUCCACAGCAUUCUGAGAAUAUGGUUACUAUCAGAGCAGCUAUGCACUCUGUUUUCACAUUGUGAACAUGAGGUUAUAGUCAGAGUGAAUGUAGAAAUGUAGAAGUCCAUAAGAAUUGGAUGUGCAGAAGGAUAUUUUGUGCCUUAUUUCUUACAGAGCUCUCUGUCUUACAAGAUACUCAAAGAUUUUAAUGGGGUUUAAUAGGUUAUCAGCAUUGUUAACCAUACAAAUACUAUUAACAAUAUAUAGAAGCUAUUGCUUGCAUAUAUGUAAACUGAUGGUUUCCUUAUUAUUUCCAUCCAUUAAGGCUACAUGGCAAGAGAUUCCAGUUUGCCUAUAAACAUUUUUAAUAGGUAGCCUUUCAUUAAAUGGUGGAACUCAAUAGUGUGGUUUCAUAUAUAAUAUGUCUCAUGCACAAAUCUUUAAGGCAAUUUAUAGCAUCUCUUGUGCUAGGCUAAGAAGCAGUAAUCAAAAUUCCACAAAUUUUUAAACAUCCGUUUCCUUUCCAGUGAAAGAUAGAAUCCUGCAUAGUUUUCUUUAAGAGGUCAAAAUGCUAGUGCCUACAGUGACUUCUGCUGCACAAGUUUCCCCAAUGUUUACAUUCACACAAAUCUUCUGAAGUAUAUUUUAAAAAAGGUCCUUUAAAUUGGUUGGUUUGUGUAUUUUUUGUGUGCUUUUGUCUCUGUGACAUAUAUGCUUGUAUAAAUACAUAUAAAUCUAUGUUCAUAUGUUAUAAACCUAAAUACACUCUUCUGACAGUGCUCUGAGGUAGAGCCUAAGAGCAUGGUAUGGAAUGAGACUUGGCUGAAUUUUACUCAGAACAUUUCAUCCUCAAACUGUAUCAGAAAUCAUAGUAAAUUAGUGACAAUGCUC